ACUGAACAUUCUGCACAUGCGCAGUAGGCACAACGGCGAAAACUUCCUGCAAAAUAUUGCUCCCUAACAACAGACAAAGCUUGACACUGUGGAUCCAAGUGAAGACGCUUACAUAAAAGCGUUUCCCAUUCACUCCUUCAAUGCAGGGUCCGGACACGCUUUCCAGGUGCAGAGAGUAGGCUGUGCGUGCAGACAUGUCGGGUCGCUCCGUUGCAGAGAUGGAUGACUCGCAGGAGCUGCCGACAAAGAAGGCCAAGCUUGAGAUGGACAGUGGUCUGGAGAAGGAGCCGAGUGAUUUAGGUGACGAUGAGAGUCCAUCUACUGUGUUGGGUUCUUCCGAGCAGGAAAGCUGUUACUCUGCCCUGUCCACAGCCCAACUUGAUCCAGGUGAUCAGGAGCAUUCGGACGCAGACAGAGGGGCAGCACCUCGAGCAUGCGGUGACUCCAUGAACUCCUAUGCACAUCCUGCCACAGACUCAACGGCAACAUCUGAAUACACCCAACAGGUUUAUCAAGGAAGCAACCCAGAAGUGACGUCCUACACCAGUCAGGUGGCCUUUCCUCCUCUGGCCCAGUCCACUGCGUACUCGGCCUUCCUCCAGACAGGCCAGAACUACGGCCUCCCGCCCUUUGGUGCUAUGUGGCCAGGCAUUAAAACAGAGACAGGGCUGCCUGAGGCGCCCUCUGGUGGCCAGCCUGGGUUUCUCAGCUUCAGCAACGCAUAUACCUCAACCCAGCCAGGCCAGCUGCACUACUCAUACCCAAGCCAAGGCUCCAGCUUUACAACAUCCAGUGUAUACUCAAGCAUCCCUUCAGCCACGGCUGCUACCACAACCUCCACCACAGUGGCCCACCAGGAAUUUAGCAGCUACAACUCUCUGGGACAGGGUCAGUUCUCUCAGUACUACGCUCUGCCUCCAAGCUAUGUGCCGGCCGGGCUGCCCGGCAGCGAUGACCACGGCGCCGCUGUCGGAGUGGCCGGAUAUUUGGCUGUGAAGUCGGAGCAGGCCGACUCAGCUGGACUGCCUCCCAGAGAUGCGUCCCCACCAGAGAACCUCCCAGCAGGUGCAGCCCUUCCUACUAGUGUGGCGCUCCCCACCGGAGCCAGAGAUCAGGAUGACGUUGGACGUAGGAACUCAGUAGGCAAAGCCAAAGGGAAGGGCAAGAGGUCGGAUAGCUCCCCACCUGCUGACAGUGACCUGGAGCGCAUUUUCCUGUGGGAUCUGGAUGAGACCAUUAUUAUAUUCCACUCACUUCUCACUGGCUCCUACGCACAGAAGUUUGGCAAGGACCCAGCCACAGUGCUGAACCUGGGCUUGCAGAUGGAGGAGCUGAUCUUUGAGCUGGCAGACACCCACCUUUUCUUCAACGACCUGGAGGAAUGUGAUCAAGUCCAUGUUGAGGAUGUUGUCUCUGAUGACAACAGACAGGACCUGAGUAACUACAACUUCUUGGCGGAUGGCUUUAAUGGUUCCAGUGGUGGAGGGGCCUCAGGAACCACCACUGGAGUCCAGGGAGGGGUGGAGUGGAUGCGUAAACUGGCCUUUCGCUACCGCCGGCUAAAAGAGAUUUACAAUAACUAUAAAGGGAAUGUUGGAGGCCUUUUGAGCCCUAUGAAGAGGGAGCUGCUUCUCCAGCUUCAGUCGGACAUCGAGAACGUUACAGACGCAUGGCUCAGCACAGCCCUCAAGUCUCUGCUGCUCAUCCAGUCCAGGUCUGAGCACAGGGGGAAGUGUAUGAAUGUGUUGGUCACUACCACCCAGCUGGUUCCAGCUCUGGCGAAGGUGCUGCUCUACGGCCUGGGAGACGUCUUCCCCAUCGAGAACAUCUACAGUGCGACUAAAAUAGGGAAAGAGUGUUGCUUCGAGAGGAUCGUCUCUCGCUUUGGGAAGAAAGUGACUUAUGUGGUGAUAGGUGAUGGUCGAGAUGAGGAGUUUGCAGCAAAACAGCACAAUAUGCCUUUCUGGAGGAUCUCAACUCACGGCGACCUCGUGUCCCUGCACCAAGCGCUGGAAUUGGACUUCUUGUAAAGGAGGCUGCGUUGAAUGUCGCACGCUGAAGGGCAAAUGUACUCGUCAUCGUCCUGUCGGUUUUGUGGAGUGACAUUGUGUGAGAAAAGCCUCCACAACCCCUCAACGACACACACUUGCAUAUUUGAAAAUGUGCCCUCAGAAAGACAACUAAUGACUCGGUAUGUGUGAUGGUAACAUACUGAGGUGGACUUUGGGUCAGAGCUGACUGUGAGAAACAGACUGGAUGCAUCAUUCAUCUGAGUUAGGGUUGCUCACGCCCAGCACUCCCUCCUCUACGGCAGCUAACCUCACCACGGCUGAAACUGGCACUGAUUUGGACACAGAAGGGAAGAGAUUCAUUUUUUUCUCCUUUUCUUUGGUUUCAUUUUCUUUUAAAGUAUCAAAGUCUCUUGCAGUGAAAGCGAUCCCUCUAAUUUGUAUGUCUUUUUUUAUCAAUCAAAAGGCCAUUAUUUUCUGGCAUUUUCUUUUCAUUUUUGUUGUGGCUUUUUAUUUAGGCUCCGUGUAACUGAAAGAAUGACAUCAAAGCAAAUUGGUUUAAAAAAAACAAAAACAAAAAAAAGGCAAAAGCUCUUUGUUUGUUUUGCACUCAUAGAAAGAAAUGAACGCAGUUUGCAGAAGUUUCUGCCAGUCAUCAAAUCCCAAUACUUAACAUGAAAAUUAACAUGAUAAAUGUGGUCGUGACCUCCCCUCCUGACUCGACCAAACCACGUCACCAGUCAGCUGUCCUGACCUCUCCACUGUGUUGCAACAGCAGACGUAUGCUCCUCUUGAGUAUGUGGGAUCUGUGGUCAGUAUGUGGCGCUGGUCAUACUUCUCACAAACCUGAACCUGAACCAGCCUUUCUGGAAGGUAGUGAGCAAAGCGGGAUGCACCAGACACUGAUCGUUUUCUCAAUGACUCAGGAGUUUACCAGUAGGGUUGGACUUCACGAGAAGUGCACUUCCUGCCCUGCCCUGUUCUGUCCUCAGACAUGGCACAGGUCCAAUGAAGACUUUAGUAGCUGUGUCCCCAAUCCCAACUAAAUACUAUUCUAUCGUCACGGUUUAUGGAAAGUGAAACUCAAAUCUGUCAUGGUGCGGUUGGAUUUUAUUUGCGCACUUUAAAAAGAUUUAAUAAAAGCUUAUUUUUCACAUUUUUAUUUACAGCAAUAUGUCAUUUAUGUCAUAAUAGGCUGUAUAUUAACUUAUUGGGAGAGAAUGGGUAGUUCAGUGUGAAAUAAGACAUUGAGCACCCCCAUAUAGCCAAAAUGGCAUCAUCCUCGUUUCAUAAUACGCCUUUGCUUAGAUUUGACUGAGAUUGGCAGUCGAAUCAGGCUCCUUCGAUCAAAGCGUUGAAUAUUCGACUACUCAGGGUCACCUCAAGGUUUGAGUAUGAUUUAUUUCUAGUGCGAAGACCCAACGUACGCUUGGAAUUGGUAUGUGGUUGGGAUUUUGGAAUACGCAACUCUGAUGUCCAAAUUUGGUCAAUUUGAAGGAAGGGUUUAAUAUUUCUUUGUAUUGGUUGGAAAAAAAAGGCUCCUACAUCUCAAGCGCCAUUAAACCAUUUAACAAAACUGUGAUUACCUGAAAAAUGCUUUGACACAAGGCUACAGGGUUGUCCCCAGGGGCCCAUUGUCUCAUUAUCCGUCCGUGCUCUCACCUCGAAACCUCUGACUCAGCUAAUACGUUGUUAGGAGGAUCAGAAUCGCAGGUUAGGAGGUUUCAUUUUAAAGUUUCAUCUUUUCUUAGUGAAGACUGUUGUAGCAUGUCAUCACAAGAGGUGAGCAGUAUCCACAAAGCAGUUGUCUAAUUUGAUAAAACCAGGUCAAAGAAAUAAGUUGUUAGCCAGUAAAAUUACUUUUUAUUAUUAUCAUUACAUGUUUCUACAAAAUCAGUUGCUUAUUUCUUUAGGCGACUGAACGUCAAAAUGAUCUUUCACCAAACCUGAAGUGGCACACUUUUGUUUCAGAAGACUUUACUCAACCUGUUUUCUCCAAAAACUAGAUUGAUUUAGCUUUGUAUUAGUUUUACACAAGAGCUGCAACUCACAAUGAGUGUCAUUAUGGAUUAAUAUGUAGACUAUUUGGAGACUUUUAGUCAUUUUUAAAGCAAAAAUGCAAAGAAUUAGCUGGUUCCAGCUUCUCAAAUCAAAGGAUUGGCUGUUUUCUUUGGCUUACAUUAUGAUAAACAUUUGGGGGGUUUUUUGGUCAAAAAAGGCAUCUUUUCUUUCUUCAUUUUUGUCUUUUUCCAUAAUAGUCAAAAUUUCCACAACCUAAAGUGACGUCUUUAAAAUCGCUUGUACCCAACCAACAGUCCAAAAGCCAAAAAUAUUGAAUCAAGCAAAUAUUCACGUCAAAACAAGUGAUUCUCUUUAGCUCCAAGAAAUUAUUUUAAUUUGUUAAAAUAGUUUAUCAAUUGUGACUAAUCACAAUAUUGAUUGUACAGCUUUUGAAUUUUUACCCAAAACCUCUUGAAGGCGUAUUGGAGUUGGAAAAAAAACACAAAGGGUAAUGACUUUGCUCAUUACAUUUCUACUUUGCUCAUUAACUGUAUUUCAAGGGAUUUUUUCAUUUUGUAGACGGUUAGAAAAGCCGCCGGGGUGGAUCGACUUGCCCUGGUCUGUAUGAGAUUAUGACUGAACAAUACUGAGCCUGAAGAUUUCAUAUUUACACACACAUGCAGCUUGACCGUUAAGAAUGUGUAUUUCUGUGUAUUGUUUGCGUGACUGCAUAUUUAUAUUGUGCCUUUAAUCAUCAUCUGUAUGCAUAAUCGAAUUAAAAUAUGUAAGAUUUGUGUUUGAUACAUUUAUCACUGCAUUGUUCUAUUAUCCAAAGUGUUAUCUUUCAAUUUUUUUUUAAUUUUUUUUUUUUUACUCAAUACAUUUUAAGUGUUUUGUUUCUAGACUUUGUUUGAUUCGAUUGCCCCGUCUGCACUGUAUUCCAAAGGCCUUCUACUAGAAAACAGUAUAUGCAUUUUGGGGGGGGAACUGUUCACGUUCAUUGUUUAAAGAAAGCAACUUUAGUGAAGGGCUUAAGAUGGUUUAUAGUUAAUUUGCUGUUAAAACGUUUUUCAAGAAAACAUAUCUUGAUUUGGAGUGACAAUACAUUUGUGUUUUACAUAAAUUUACACGUUAAAAUCUCACUUUAAACAAUCUCUGCUCUGUAUAAGGUUUCUGCUUCCUUUUGAAAAGGAGAUUGUUGUGUUGCUGUGAAACACUUGGCAUCACUUAGAGACAAUCACUAUAAUGUAUUGUAUUUUUAAUGCAGGUCAGAUUACUACAGUGAAAGGCAUGUUUGAAAGUUCAGUGUAAGUGAGUUAAAGGUAAAUGGGCUCAUCAAUCAGUCCUGACACAAUAGAGAGAACAUAUGCAAUCUUUGCAUUUUUUUUUUCCUUGAAUGUGUUUUCAGUUUAUUUCUUUACAUUGUCUGCAUGUCGUGUCUGAUUUGAAGUAUACCAUGGCUGUUAAAUAAUGACCUGGAAAUGUU